GCAGAUUCACUAGGAGUGAGCAUUGCUGGAGGUGUAGGAAGUCCUCUUGGAGAUGUUCCUAUAUUUAUAGCCAUGAUGCAUCCAAAUGGACUUGCAGCUCAGACUCAGAAACUCAGAGUUGGAGACAGGAUUGUUAGCAUCUGUGGAACAUCUACUGAGGGCAUGACUCACUCUCAAGCUGUUAGUCUCUUAAAAAAUGCUUCAGGCACUAUUGAGUUGCAGGUUGUAUCUGGAGGAGAAGUAAGUGUCAUAACUGGUCAUCAGCAGGAUCCACCUACGUCCAAUCUUUCGUUUGCAGGACUAACUUCAACCAGCAUUUUUCAGGAUGAUUUAGGACCUCCUCAGUACAAGACCAUUACUUUGGAUAGAGGACCAGAUGGCCUAGGCUUCAGUAUUGUGGGUGGUUAUGGCAGUCCCCAUGGAGACUUACCCAUUUAUGUGAAGACGGUGUUUGCAAAGGGUGCAGCAGCAGAAGAUGGACGCCUGAAGAGAGGGGAUCAAAUCAUUGCUGUGAAUGGGCAAAGUUUAGAAGGGGUGACCCAUGAGGAAGCAGUUGCUAUUCUGAAAAGGACAAAAGGAACAGUCACGUUGACUGUUUUGUCAUGAACUGGCUGCCCAAAUGGGUAGGGUCAAUGAGACUAUGUUAUUUACAUUCUGCAUAGCAAAGAGAAUGGAAAUGUUUAUAUAGCCUUCUUGCUCUUCCAGCUUCACAGGAUUGUUACAACAGUGAGGAAAAAUAACAUUUAAUGCUAUUUUUAUAUACAAUAGAAGUAUUUCUCUUACUGUCAAACCACUGGGAUGGAGUUAUGUCAACUAUGGAAAGACAGGGAUAUUUUUCCUAUUAGUGUUAUAAUGCAUGCUUCUAAGCCACCAA